AAAGUGUUGUUCUUUUUAGCGCCUGCGCGUAAGAGAUAAACACAACACAAAACACGAGACGACUGUUUUGAAGUCUAACCUUCUUACAUCAUCACCAAUAGCACCGAGAAGAAUGGUAACGAGGGGUUGAAUGGAUUGCCAUGCCUAAAGCAGUUUCAUUCGCUGCUGUGCUAGAUCCAGCUUUGCUUUUAAAGGGCGAUCGAGCGGGUGGUGAAGGGCAAAAGAAUAAUGCCAAUACCGGCGAAAAGAAGAACUUGAGCGGAAAGAAGAGAGAGGAGAAAUCAUCAACUUUUCGCAAUUCUAGUGAUGGACACAGUGGUCAAAUUAGCACAAAUGACAGUACAGCGGAUGAAGUGAUUGCACGCACUAGCAAUAGGAAAGGUAAAGCAAGAGCAAGAGAUGACGAUGAUGCUGCUUUGGUAUUGGAUUCGAUCAAUCACAGGAGAGCAUCUGCAAAGUUGAGAAUGGCACUUGCUGGGGAAUCUCCGGUCCUGCAAAGGUUUGGUUCAACUCCUCCCUUCCUGCACGGUCCAGAUACGAGUGCUGAUAUCACAGGAUCCAUCUAUGAUUACAAUACAACAAUCGAGCGCAGUCGACCUUUAGCGAGAACGACUUCAGCACCUUCCGCGAUUCUUCAACCCUCUUCAUCGGUAUCGAAUAGGGCUAAUGCAUUGGCACACUCUUUGGCAUCAGAAGAGGCAAGAAAGCGAAAGAAUACUGAAGAGCAUUCCAAGAGACAAUCUGAUGACUGGAAACGAAGAACGUUGUACGGAAGCGAACGACGUAAGCUAGAACGGCAAAGUCGAAGAAUGGCAAGAAAUCCAAAAGCAAAAAUGAUGCAAAAUGUGGGUGAAACAAUCAUCGGAAGUCCUUCUGAAUUGCGUAAGAAGGGUUCCUCUAUCGCACCAGUUUUGUCGCAAAACGAUUUAGAGCUUUUUAAAGAGGAUGUAGAGCCAGUCACACAUUCUCAACAGUCCAACUUUUCGGUUGAAUCGGAUGAUGGUGUAUAUCACACCCAAUUCAGCUUCUUUCACUUUGAUUCGGAGCAGGUGGAGGAGGAAGCUGAAUCCAAUAAGCAAGCAUCGCCAAAGGAUGCUGAGCAUCCCACUACAUACUCUGAAAGCCUCGAUUCGAGCGGCGUGCAAACGCAAACUCAAGCUGCUUACUAUGCAGACAGAAGCGCUUCUUGCUCUUUAUCUGAUCCACAGAGUAGCAGUACCAUCAAUCCAAAGGAUAUUGUAUCUCCCAGCCCGCGAGCAAGCGAAUCAGCAUCGCAUGAGAUGGUACAGCCCGACGUGGAGCAAAGUACGACAGCUGAACAAUGUAAUGCAUCCGAGCCUACUCUAGUGGAACAAGAAGGGUUCCUCAAACAUAGUAGCGAAGCAAAUCAGAAAAGGUUGCGUUCGCUAUGUCUAGACGAACCUGCUGGCAAGCACAAGGCCAGACAAGUCCAUCCUACGAUAUGGCAAGGGAAAAAGAUGGUAGAAGAAUACUUUGGGCCUCUUCUUCAUCCUUUUACUCCAAACAGAAACCCUCCCGCUCGUGCUGACCUUUGUCGAUGGGCAGAAUGGAUGGAUUCGCAAUCCGAUAAACAAUCACAACCUUCCUCUCCAACAGGAUUGUAUGAUUUUCAAGGCACCGUAUCUGAUCUUCCCGACUGGUCACAGUAAACAAAUGUAUCAUAGCUGUCGCUCAAGAAAUUAUAACAAGAAAAAAUGUGUUUGUACAAGGUGUAUGGAUCAGCCUUCCAUCAUCAUGGUUGGUUUGCUUGGCUUGGUUGUGCUUUGGGUGUACUUUCCGCUCCGUUCGGAUAGCUAGAACGAUAAGUUAAUUCCGGCGUUUUUAGAUUAGCAAAAUCUUGAGCAGAAUACUCUUC